ACCCCCUUCAGUGCGCUAAUCAUUCACAGUGGUGGUAUACUCAUUAUGUAUAUAUCCGAUCCGCCGCUGGCAUAGCAGUAAGACUAGCAUUUGUAUUACUCAUCUCAUCACGCGCGCGUGCAGCUACAGCGCCCCCCCCGCACCAUAUAGAGGCAAGCAAACCCCUUGUGUUCUUUGCGUCAAACAACAACAGGUUUUUUCCGUAGUCUGCCUGCCUAACUUUGCCUCUUCAAUCUUCUUCAGUCUUCUUCAAUCUUGUUCAUCUUCUUGUUCUUGCCUUGACUGUGAGAGAUUUUGACUGUGACCAUAUCCAGAACGUAUCUAAUUUCAUCAUCCCUGACGUCGCAACGCAAGCUUUCACGGAUGUCAAAUAUUUGAAGCCUUCCUGCCUUCCUUCUUUCUCGCAUUCGUCGCUGCUCUGCAACACCAGACAGGAAAGGAAAUUUGUUCUUGUGAAGUUUAGGUGAAAAGAAGCAGUUUUGGCACAGUUUGCUUCUUGUGAAGUUUAGGUAAGAAGCAUUUUUGGGAGUGUUAGGUUCUUUUUUGGCAUGGAGGAGACGAACAAGGAGCAACGGGGUUUGGAGCGGCUGAGGUCGAUGUCCAUGUCGGCGGAGGACGCAGGGUUGGCGCUGAGCGUCGGGCUAUCCAUUGCCAUGCCUUCCAGGCAGGAAGACGAGCUUGAAUCGCCUAAAAAAGGCUUGCCUUUGCAGCUGGAGCUUCUGCCUUUGCGCCCCCUUGCGCGCGUUGCUGCUCCUCAGGGUUCGCCCACGUCUCCACCAUUUCCCUGGUUGUUGCCUCAUAGCUGCCGAGAAGAGGUGACGAUUGCGGAGGCGAAUCCUGCACGCGGGAUAGACAUGAAUCGGGCGCCUGACGCAUCAUCGGCCUUCCGCUCGGAGGCUUUGCGCGUUAUGGAGAGCGGCGGCCCUUUGCCUGUAAAACGGGAGCGGGAAAAGCCGUCCUUUGAAUUCGAGCUCGAGAGGGAUCGAAACUGCGACGUGAGCUCCAGGACCAGCGAUGAGGAAGAAAUCGGCUCUACGAGGAAAAAGCUCAGGCUUUCCAAGGAGCAGUCCGCUCUGCUGGAAGAGAGCUUCAGAGAACACAGCACUCUGAACCCGCAGAAGCAGAAGAACGCGCUGGCAAAGCAGUUGAAUUUACGACCGCGGCAAGUCGAAGUCUGGUUCCAGAACAGAAGAGCUCGGACAAAGCUAAAGCAGACAGAAGUCGACUGCGAACUUCUGAAGCGAUGCUGCGAAAACCUAACGGAAGAAAACAGAAGACUUCAAAAGGAGUUGCAGGAGCUGAGGGCAUUAAAGGCUGCUCCGCCAUGUGUAAUCGGAGGAGGAGGAGGAGGAGCAGGUGGCCGUGACUAUUAUAUGUCGCUUCCAGCAGCCACGCUCACCAUGUGCCCUUCCUGUGAGCGCGUUGCCUCCAUGGACAACAUUAAUAGAAGCGCCACCCUUCCCUUCUCAAAACCCCAGCUUUCUCAGUUUGCUCAACAGUCGGCGGCAUGUUAGCUUUCAGCUUUCAGCUUUCCCUUUCAUUUAUCAAUUUCCCUCAUCUCUUCACAGCGCUUCUUUUUGCUCAGAUCUGUGAUGUCCUUUCUUGCCCCCUACCCUUCCCCCACACACACAGCAAAUAGCAAUAUAUACAAUACAUAUCCAUCCAUUGAAUACAAAGGAAACGCAAAGAGAAAGUGAUUGACUAACAAUCUCUACGCCGUAUUUCGGGUCGAUCUCUCCGUGCAGGAGGAGAUUUGUCUGUCUGUAUAUUGUCAAAAUCUCCUCAUCUCCAUUCAUUAUUGUUCUUGCUAGUGCUCUCUGUACAUAAAUUUUGAAGCUGGAGGAAAUACAAUACCCAAUUAUAGUAAUAACAUUAGAGAGUUUUGAUGACCUCCUCACUGGUUUCUGAUCUUUACACUGGUUUUCUGUACUUCAUCCAUGGUUUUUUGUUACCCGUUUCAAAGUGGAAUAAUAUUUUGAGGACGAGUUGUUAUUCUGUUCA